GAAUAAGAGCAGCGAUAAGAUAUAAGGUAAGAAAUGCGAAUGCAAGACGAACAUGUGCCUUUGAGGGAUUUGGUUUCCGGUGGUGAGGGAGAAUGAUGAGGAUCGAAGCCGGAGCUCGAAAAUGAUGAGACAUGAGAAGAGAAAGAAUGAAGUGUAUAAGGCUUAGAUCUAUAUUAAUUAAUCGUACGGCUGAAAUGACCCUGAAAACUUGAGCGGGAAAAUGCUCCUCCUCAAAGUAUUGCAAUUAUGUAGAGAGAUUAUGUAGAGAGAUUGUUACUUCAAAACAAGCUUUUUGAAGCAAUUUUUUUUCCUUCCAGAAUUGCAAACACUCUGGCAGUCUGGCCUACUUGACUGCGCGGGUAAGCUUCGAGUCGGCCGAAUUCUUUAUUUCGAUUCGCUCCACUGCCUACGGUCUCGCCCUGCGCGGCUGCGCCCUCUGGCCUCCUACACUUCCUUCUCGCUAAGUCUCUGGUCUCCGGAUUUUCAGGAGAUUGGUAACCACCUUUAAAAAUUGUGCAUUUGGAAGAAGAACUCAUCAUACAGAGCACACCUUCCAAGGGUCAACUUCUAAUUUCAUAGCACGAUAUUGAAGAAAUCAUUGGGCAGACAAUUUCUUGGAUAACUGUACUGAUAAGAUUAUUUUCUGAUACGGUGCUGGCACACCUCUUAUUGUGGACCCUUUUGAUGAUUAAAGUUGCCUAUUGACCUGAAUUUGGCAUAUAUUUGAUCCAUAUAUUUCAGCAGGAAAUGUCCAGAUUUUCCUUGUUUUGUAUACGGUGAGAUUAUAUAGAAGGGAUGGUUUGAUUUGAUUGGGAUGGAAUUAAUUCUGCAUGAAAUUUUGUGCUUCUUAUCAAGCUGUUAAACAUCUCCAAUCUUAUCAAAUUGUUAAGCCACAUCAACCACCUCUUUUUCUUUCAAACUAUCUAAGGUUUUUGUUUUGUUCGUCACCUCAUCAUUCCCUACAUCUUUUCUCUUCUUCCAUUCACAUUCAUCUCCAUCUCUAAGUGAGGUAUGCUUCAUUUACUUUCUAUUUCCCUUUAAUUUCGCUUAUUUUUCUUUAUAUGCAUCCAUUGUUAUGCAUAUUAAAUUUGGCCCCUUCUAGUCCAGUUGUAUUUUGUCUUCAAUGGCAAGUGGCCCUUCGAGAAACCUCCUGUUUAAUCUCUGUCUAUCUUCCAAAAAAAACAUUUAUCGGGUCAGAGUAUUCCAAAUUUCACCCCAAUACUUCCAUUCUCACCCACCAGAAUCAAAUAAGUUUCAAGAUUACCCUUCCUGCCAACCUAGAUUGUUUUACCCGCGUAUGUUCUUCCAGACCCACAUCCUCCAAUUCACAAAGUUCAGGUAUUUAAGUCUAGGCAAAUGCCCAUAUUCGACCCAGAUUGAAAAUGGCGGUUCUUGCUCCACCACAUUGGAAGCCAUGGAGGGUCAACCAUGUAAUUGGGAGACUGAAAAAAAGAAGAUUGUGUCUGAAAAUAGGAUUGAGUCGUUUUCCUGUGAUCCAGUAGAGAUAUACCGAGAGCUAAGGGAUUCCACGAAGAGCUUCAAGAAAACCAGCUCGGAUUGGGAUGCAUGUAAUGACGUUUUCAGGAGCUUUGCGAAAUCUGGAUGGGCAUCAAAUCAGGCAUUGGCUAUUUUUAUCGGUGCUUCAUUUUUCCCCACUGCAGUCCUUAAAUUCAGUACUUUCUUCUUCAAGAACUCUACGAUUGAUGUCUUUAAAUAUUUAGUAUCCCUCGGCCCUUCCCAUGAAUCCGAAAAAUUCUUAUUCCCAAUAUUUGUUGAAUUCUGCUUUGAGGAAUUCCCCGAUGAAAUCAAAAGAUUUAGGUCUAUGGUUGAAUCAGCAGAUUUAACAAAACCACACACUUGGUUCCCAUUCGCCAGGGCAAUGAAACGUAAGAUCAUAUAUCACUGCGGACCCACCAACAGUGGCAAAACAUAUAACGCUUUACAGAGAUUCAUGGAAGCAAAAAAAGGAAUCUACUGUAGUCCACUAAGGUUGUUAGCUAUGGAAGUUUUUGAUAAAGUCAACUCUCUAGGUGUUUAUUGUAGCCUUCUUACUGGUCAAGAGAAGAAAUCUGUGCCAUUCUCUAACCACGUUGCGUGUACAGUCGAGAUGGUUUCCACGGAUGAGUUAUAUGAUGUGGCAGUUGUUGAUGAGAUUCAAAUGAUGGCUGAUUCUUGUAGAGGCUAUGCAUGGACUAGGGCUUUGCUUGGACUAAAGGCUGAUGAGAUACACUUAUGUGGCGACCCAAGCGUUUUGAGUAUCGUUAGAAGAAUAUGUUCUGAAACUGGGGAUGAACUCGUGGAAAGAAAUUAUGAACGGUUCAAACCGUUAGUGGUUGAAGCUAAAACCCUUCUUGGUGAUUUAAAGAAUGUGAAAUCCGGAGAUUGUGUGGUUGCUUUUUCAAGGAGGGAGAUAUUUGAAGUUAAAUUGGCGAUUGAGAAGUUCUCAAAACACCGCUGCUGUGUUAUAUAUGGAGCAUUGCCUCCCGAGACCCGGCGACAUCAGGCGGCUUUGUUUAAUGAUCCGAAUACCGAGUAUGAUGUUUUGGUGGCCAGUGAUGCGGUGGGAAUGGGGUUGAAUCUGAAUAUAAGAAGGGUUGUUUUUUAUAAUUUGUCAAAAUAUAAUGGUGACAAAAUUGUCCCUGUUCCGGCGUCACAGGUGAAACAGAUUGCUGGAAGAGCAGGCCGAAGGGGAAGCCGGUUUCCAGAAGGGCUGACAACCACUUUGCAUCUUGAGGAUUUGGAGUAUUUGAUCGAGUGCUUAAAGAAACCUUUUGAUGAAGUUAAGAAAGUCGGCCUAUUUCCUUUCUUUGAACAGGUUGAACUGUUUGCUGGGCAGCUUCCAAAUGCCACUUUCUCUGAACUUCUGGAAAAAUUUGGAGCCAAUUGCCGGUUAGAUGGUUCUUAUUUCUUGUGUAACCAUAGCCACAUAAAGAAAAUAGCUAAUAUGCUGGAAAAAGUCUCUGGAUUGUCUCUAGAAGACCGUUUCAACUUCUGUUUCGCGCCUGUAAACAUCAGAGACCCAAAAGCAAUGUACCAUUUGUUAAGGUUUGCAUCUUCAUAUGGGCAGAGCUUGCCUGUAAACAUAGCAAUGGGAAUGCCCAAGUGUUCUGCCCGAAAUGAUUCUGAGCUGUUGGAUCUGGAGACGAGACACCAAGUGUUGUCUACUUACAUGUGGUUGUCCAAUCACUUUGAAAAAGGGACGUUUCCAUACUUUCAGAAGGCAGAGGCGAUGGCUGCGGGUGUUGCGGAGUUAUUAGGGGAGUCGCUGACCAAGGCCUGCUGGAAGCCCGAAUCAAGAACGGUUGCAAAACCAAGGGUGCACAAAGAUACUGAUAAUAAUAGGCAAAGGUGGGAAAAAUCGUUACCAGAAGAACAAGAGAAACUUGCUGCUUAAUACUCCUGAUGAAGAGAUUAUGCAAUUUCAGUGCCUGUCUUGGCCAAUCUUUAAUAAUGUUGGCACAGAAAGCCCCAUCAUCACCAGCAUACUUGUGGCACUAAUACGCCUUUUACAAAAAGUAGAAAUCCCUCACACUGCUGCCCUCAUACGCCUGCUCGAUAAUUGUGAUUACUCUCAAAGUUCUGGGGAUCUUAUGUGUUAUUAUUGUGGGUUUUGAAUUAGGCUGUGUUUACUCUGUGUGUUACUACUUUCUAUACCCUUGUAUUAAUUUUUUGUUAAAAAGUCUUAUAUCUAAAUGUAGCCGUCUUUUUUUAUAUGGUUUGAAAAUUGUGAAAAGAAAUUUCUUUUGUUGAAGAUGAAGUUGAUAUCUG